AUGAGCGACUCAGAUGAUGAUGUCUCGGACUACGAAGUGGAAGCUGAUGUGGAAUUAGGAUUUAUCUCUGAAGAUCGUGUGCCAAUGAACGCAACGCCAAUGUAUUGUGAACCAGAUUGGACGAAAUGGGAUGGCGGUCAAGUUGGUGGAAGACCAAGUUGGUUGAUUCCAUCUAUCUCAAGUAUUCCAACCACCGAGCAAUUGCAAUGUAUUGACUGCUUUACUCCCUUGUCAUUCUUGCUGCAAAUUUAUUGUCCACUUGAUGAUGUUAAAGACGCUUUUCAUCGCAGUUUGUACGUGUUUGUAUGUCGCUCAAAUUGCAAACGUCAGGGAGACGGCAAAGCUUUUCGUCUACAAUUGCCGAAGGACAAUGAAUUUUAUGCUCCAACUGGUGGAUCUAUGGAAUUAAAACCUAAUGGAAAGAAACGAGAUUUUUGUGCACUUUGUGGACAACGUGCGUUAUUUACAUGUAGUGCAUGUCACGUGGCGCAGUAUUGCAGUAAAGAGCAUCAAAAGGAUCAUUGGACGGUUGGUGGACACAAUCGGACAUGUUCACAAUGCCUCGAGACGCAAAGUUAUACUGAAUGUGACGAAGCAAGAGAAAAAAUGAUUACUCAAGGGUCAAAAUGGGUCUUUCCGGAACAUUAUUUAGAAAUUGACCAUGAACCAGAUACUUCAGAGGUUAUGAAUGAGUAUGAAGCCAAAUUAUUGGCGGAUUUUGAACAAACUAAAGACGUCGAAGAAGAUAAAAUGGACAUGAAUGUCACUCAGCGAGAGUUAAACGAAGCACUUGGCCAUUCAACUGAUCACGAUCCUCAAUAUGUACGCUUUCUUACGCGAAUUGCACUUUCAAAAGAUCAAGUAUUACGUUACUCUCGCUGGAAUGAUGCUGUCUUAUGGGUACAUUCUAAAGGAAUGGUCAAUGGCAAUGUUCCACCUUGUGAAAUGUGUGGAAGUGAGCGAAAGUUUGAAUUUCAAAUACUUCCACAACUUUUAAAUUAUUUAAAUGUGGACAACGAGAGUUCUCUUGGUGCUAUCACAUCGCGUAGUUGUGAAUGGGGUACACUUGUUGUUUAUUCAUGUACGCAGAGUUGUUCAGUAGAGAAUGCGUGCGUCCAAGAAUUUCUUCACUAUCAACCAGCAUAUGCGAAUCAGAUUAUUCAGUAA